AUGGCGGCUAUGCCCGAGAUCUUGAGCAAGGGAUGUUCCAUGGAACGAAGUACCUGUACUGUAGAGGAUCAUCUGCCAGCUAUUGGUUUUCUCGGUAAAGACGCAAAACAUCCUGUCAUCGCAGGCAGUGUUUCUUCUCCUGCUCCUCUCAUCAGUCCACCGAUCAUGUACUCGUCACAACCACCGUCCUAUCCCUACACCACUCCGACCGCUAGCAACGGUUCGCUUCCGUCAGGCUACAUCUCCCCACCGGAGUCGCGUCGCGCAUUGGAGGAAGAGAAGGAGAGACAGAUUCAGCCGCAACGGCAGUCGCUUCCCUCGAUCCAUGAGGCAUUAGGGAAUGACAAUCCGCUCUCGUAUGGCGGUCCGCCUACAUCCGCACCCGCCCAACAAGUCCAUCCCUCACAGGCACCGCCGCACUCGACAUCGCCAGGAUUCACGCGGUCGGGGACAGAGGCACCGACAGGGCCACCAAACCCAUUCUCCUUUUCGCAUCAGCAUCACCAACAAUUGCAGGCAGAGGCAUCACGGUCGAGCCUGACGUCCAUCAACACUCAGGAUUCCAGAACUGCAUCUCUUCAUUCGUUUAAUUCGGGCAGAUCCCCAACACAGAGUGCGAAGACUGGCAUUACCACGAAUUCGACAUAUGAAUACAGUGCACCGCCAUCCGCGGGGGGUAUUGGGUCGCCCAGUGGGUAUGCACCUCCGUAUUCGCAGUCGUUCUCGUUCCAAUCACAGCCGACCGCUCCAUCCUAUCCUUCUCACUACGACGCUCGUUACGGCGCAUGGAAACAGGGUGCACCGGAGCCUGUACGAGUGGAGGAAAUCAAGAGUGGGUAUACUCGUUCGCCACUUCCAGGCCAUGGUGACUCGAUGAAGCGACACUUGGAAGUUUACGACGUGGAAGCUUCUCUUAACGAGAUCACCGAUAUGAGCACCCGAACUUUGGAUUUCUCGAGACACUACGCUACGAGAGCCCACCAAACACAGCGAUCGGGACCGGUGAUGGGAUCGCUUCCAUCAUUGCACGAAGUUGAGGAAAUGAUUAAUGUCCAGCGUCAAAACCAAGAAGCGUUGCUGCGGAUACGUCACGCGGUUCUUACUCAAGAACACGCCAUGGCCGAACAAAUGGCACAACGGAAGGCCUACAAAGCCAGUGGGGUUGACGAAGAGAUGGCAAUGUACCAGGAGGAAUUCAAGGGCAGCGGGGGAUUCGCUGGUGCGGAAGCCAAGAAGCGGCGAGGGAAAGCUGCACCUCCUGGACGUUGCCACAGCUGCAACCGAGCGGAAACCCCAGAAUGGCGACGAGGCCCUGACGGUGCCCGAACACUCUGCAAUGCCUGCGGACUACACUAUGCCAAACUGACUCGCAAGAUGGGCGCGAAUAAGGCGUCAGCAUUGGGAUCGAAUCUGAAGCCCAAGACCCCACUGGGGUCAGCAUCGCCUAACUAAUUCAUUCUCUGUUGAUUUAAUCGGCGUUUGAAAAGGUUGGGAUUAGAUGGCGUUUAUCUUUUUCUUUUCUUUUCUUUUCUUUUCUUUUCUUUUUUUUUUUUUGUGCUUUUUUUUUUUUUUUUUUUUUUGGAAUACUUUGCACUGCACCAUUACCCAUUACCCUUAUGAAACGACACGGAGUCACUUUUUGUUCUUUAUUAUUAUUAUUUUUUGGGCUACGGCAGGAGGUUGUUAUGAUGCAGCAUGUGGAUGUGGUCUGGUUUUGCUUCUGCUUCUGCUUCUGCUUCUGUUCUCAUGGACUUAGUUUAAUACCCUCGCGCGUUGUUGGGAAGGCAUCCGAUAGAAUCGCUUGUCAAUUGUGAUAUACGGUUGGGUUGAUUUACAUGCUACAUGCUACGAUGCUACCACCAUACCCUAUAAAGUACCCUGUAAACUCUAAAGAAUGUAGAUACGUAUUCUACACGUGUCCC